UCAGUGAUGGCUCCAGGAUGUUUCUUAGCAACAGUGGUACAAGCAGAACUCCUGUAGUAUUACCUCCCCUCCCCCAUACCAUCCUUAGGCCAUGCCCAUUGGCAGCUGCAAGUUCUCUUCCCCCUCAUCUGCAUACAGGCUCCAGAGACUCAGCAGUGUCUGGGCCUAGGGGAAUGGAAUGUAUGCAUGAUGGAUUCACAUAAACUAAAUGGGUCUCUCAUUUUCUUCAGAAUCACAGUUCCUCCUUCAAAAUGUAAGGCUCCGGUCCCUCCCACUGCAGCCCAGGAAGCAAAGACAACCUAACUGCUCUCCAAGUGGAAACCACUCUGUGCUGACCCCCAAUGUUAACAUAACAGAGAAUACCACCAUGCAUGUACUUUCCAACCAGACCAGUGAAAUAAAGAGCACUGUGAAGCCUUCCGUACUGCCCAAAACUACCACAGUUAGCACUGGGAAACCUGCAACUAUUGUUACAAUAUCAACCCCGGGAGUCUCACCGCAUGUGACUCCUACUGCCUCAAAGUCUACACCCAAAGCAAGUGCUUCCCCAAACUCUACCCAGACGUCAGCACCCAAGACAACCACAGCCCACAGUAGUUUAUUGACAUCUGUAACGGUUUCAGCAACUACUCAUCCCACCAAAGGCAAAGGAUCAAAGUUCGACACUGGCAGCUUUGUUGGAGGCAUAGUGUUAACACUGGGAGUGUUAUCUGUUCUCUACAUCGGGUGCAAAAUGUAUUAUUCAAGAAGAGGCAUUCGGUACCGAAGCAUUGACGAACAUGAUGCCAUCAUUUAAAGAACUUCAGUGGUCAAGGAAAGAAGAAAGACUACAGCCCUAUCUCAAUUAUUUUGGUUUAUAUUAGUUUAAAAUAUUUUUUUUUGGAAGUAGUAUAAGCAAGCCAUGCAUAAAAUGAACAGUGUAUUCCAUGAAUAUCUGGAAAUUUCUCAUUACUAUAGGUAAAGGGUGUAGUCUGGGUAAAAUGAAUAUUUGGAGCUAACAGGUAAUUUAUCCAGUGAUUGUAUUUUCUUUAGUAAGUCAUAGCAAGACAAGUCCUAUCUUUUGGAGUAUGUGCAUGGCAUUGAUUGGUCACGUAGGACCAGCAUCACUGAGGAUCAGGACCCAUCUGGCAUACAGAUGAGGAGCCUGUCACAGCAUUCCCGAUCUCAGUAUCUUUGAUGCUCAUAUAAAGCACUUGAGUGCCAGUCAGAGCUGGGUGAUCCUAAUUCCUGCCUCAGGUUCCACGGUUGAGCUAACCAGCUCUCAAGCAGUUGAAGGAAGCCUCAGAGUUCAUCUAGAAGUAGAACUUGCACUCUAAAUACAGCCCCCACGACCACUGUGUGCUCCUAUGCUAACUGCCACCGAGCACAGGGAGCUCAGACUUGGCUCAUCAUUUCUCUUCAACUGUCAGGCCUGGCAUUUCUUCCUUUGUACAUAAUUUAGACAAGCUGCAGAGCUCACCCGGCUUCUCAGAAGGCGCAGCAGCAUGAAGACUGCUGUCGUGCUGCUGUGGAAGCCUGUCCCACCAUUGGGAACUGCUUCUCACAGUCACUUGUCACUUUGAGAUCUAGUGAAUGGUUUUUAGGCAAUGUGGAGCUGCUUCCCAUAUCUAGAAUUUUUUUAAUGGAAUGCAAAAAUACCAUUUUUUAAAAAGCUCCAUUCUAUGAUGUCCCAAUCAGUGUUUAGAAGUCUAUAUUGACCAGCAUCCUGUUUGUUAAGCCAGGAAUUGUAAAGCUCCAGGCCUUUGAACCCACAGGGUACAAAUGCUGUAUUUUUUUACACUGUCAGCUUAGUCAGAUUUGAGAAAAUGACUUUUUUAAACUAAAAUGUAUUUUGGUAAGUUCUGGCUUCCUUAUCCCCAAGCCCAGUCCUUCCCCUCUGAAAAGAGAGCUGCAUCCUGCUAUUUCCAGGGAGGUAGCCUCAGGGCACCAGAGCAGCCAUACUCUCUGGCACUGUGAGUUCUAUAGUUUAUACUCAGGUCAAACUCAGGGCCAGGCUUAACAAGGAAAGCAUUUAGCUACACAAUACUCAUAGUGUAUGUCUAUUGUAGAGGGACAAAAUAAGUCAUUGCAAUUUCUAAAAGUGUAGAAAUAAGCCAAAAAUAUCUGAAUGAGCACACAUCUAUGUUACAAUUAAAAAUGUAAGUAUAACUUUUGUAAUCUGCUUCUGGUUUUUAAAACAACACAAACUACCAAGACUUUUUUAUAUAUAAGAAUCAUUUCUACUUGCUUUACAUCAGGUCCAACUGACCUGGUGAAGCAGGCUGCUCAGAUUAUGUUAACACGCAGAGAGAUGCUAGGAAAUGGACCAUGGAGUUAGACUGCUGGGAAAGCCACACUUCUCAGUGGCUAUUAAAUACAGUUCAGGGCUUUGGGGCAAUGAGGGUGUUGAAAGUUUAACUCAGUUUGUGUGCUACAUUCUUGGUACUUCAGUAUCCUCCAGAGACCCUCUUGAAUACUUGUUUCUCUAGCACUUUGGAAAUAUAAACCACUUUCUAAAAAGCACUGUCAUUAUUUGCCUCUUACCUUUCCACUGAGUUGGGGGUUAAAAGUAAUUUACUUAAUAUCUUUUCUAAUUUGUUACUUUCAAAUAGCAGGACUUUCUCUGAAGAGCCUUUUUUUGUUUUGGUUUGGUUUUUGGUUUUUUCAAGACAGGGUUUCUCUGUGUGGCCCUGGCUAUCCUGGAACUCACUCUGUAGACCAGGCUGGCCUCAAACUCAGAAAUCCACUUGCCUCUGCCUCCCAAGUGCUGGGAUUAAAGGUGUAUGCCACCACCGCCGAGCUAAGAGAUUUCUUUUUAAUCUAUAAAAAUUGAACAUGUUUCCUAAGUAUAAGUUAUCUUCCAAGUCUGACUUAAGCAAAUGCUUACCUUUCCUAGCUUUUCUAGAGAACGUGUUUACUAAAAUAAAACAAGUAAAUCCAUAGAAGAACUAAUUCAAAUAUGAGAGUUGGCAACGUAUUUUAUGGUGUAGUAAUUUUAUAUCUUGAGGAGAAAGACUCAAGCAAACCCUUAUUGCCCUUUUUCUAUUGUAAUGACCAAUUUUGGUAUUUCAUUGUUACUAAGAUCUAUUUUUUAGAAUAAAAUUUGUUCUCCAUUCAAA